ACAUGACACAAUACAUACCACUCAUUUCAUUCACAAACAAACACUUAUUAUUACCCUUUCAUCUCACACAUAACUCAAAAAUGGAUUGCUUGGUCCUACCCGUAACAAUCUUUAGCCGCGGUUGUUCCGGUCAUCGACUUGGUUAUAAACGGCUAACCCAUGACGACGACUUCUUUGUGGGUUCGGAAGAUCUAAUCACGGUGGUGGUGGGGAAGGAAAAGAAGAAGUUUUUGGUGGAUCCAUUUGUGUUAGAUGAAAACCCGUUUAGGGUUUUGAUUGAUUUGGUGAAUAACAAGAAUAAACAUUCAUCAUCAUCAAGAAGGAUGAUGAAUGAUUUGCAAAAGAAGAGAGUGUUGUAUGUAGAUGUUGAUGCCAUAUUGUUUGAGCACAUGCUAUGGUUGAUGCAUAAUGAUUCAUCUUCUUUGUUCAACCUUAAUCUCAAGGAGAUUAUUGAUUUCUAUGCUCAAGAUUACUAGCAAGGGUUAAUUAAAUAAUUAACUAUUUAAUUAAUUAAUUAAUUAUCUGAUUGAUUAAUUUUCUUAUAAUAUAUAACAUUAGUAGUUACUAUACACACAAAGAAAAGAUUUGUUUAGGUUAUAAUCUUUUUGUUGUCUUAUUAUUUUUCUUGUAUUUAUAGUGGGUAAAUAAAUACUCUUGUAAUUUUUAUAUAGCACAAAUAUUCA